AUGCGAGUUUUCCAUGCAUCGAACGAUUUGGUUGCACCAUGGCUUCCAUAUCAAAUUUACAUAUCCGUUUGCCAUGUCAAAAUAUCGGAAACGUGGGUAAUAAUCUGCCCCGAAGGUGUGGUGGCGGCAUUGAGUAUGUUUGCUGUUUUUGAUGCCUUGAUCAUGUUCAUCGUUGAAGCACUGGGCAAGAAGGUGGAUCCUUCAGAUCACCAGCGCCGGAUCAAACUCAAUGCCCAGGAUCUACGCGUCCCUCGCACGGAUCCUGGACUAGACCGCCAUGCUCGGAGGCCCUUCGAUGGAACACAGCCUGGGCGCAUUCGGCGUGUCACUCGGAAGCCACAUAGCGGGGUGUCAGUUUCCACAGACCUGGUGAUUCGCUUGUCAUUGCCGGACCCGACCGCGGACAAGGCAGCUCAGAACCCUAAAUGCGCAUGGACGGCAACCAGGGUGGAUGCAUCACUUUCCAUCCGCGGAAACAUUGAAUGA